ACACUUUCUUUAGGACCCUGAUAAUUGUCGCAUCAUCAGUAUAUAUAUAGUCGACAGGAGAUCCAAUCCAAGGCUCAAGCGAAGGCUCAGAAAAAAAAAAGCAACGUUCACACGCUGCUAGGAUUAGCCUUCUUUCUUCAAACCUAGAACAUUUUUUCACUGAAAUGGAAUAUGCGAAAUCAACCCUGAAACCUCCAACUUACGGGAACCUUAUUACUAUCCUCAGCAUUGACGGAGGCGGCAUAAGGGGAGUGGUUCCAGGAGUCAUCCUAGCUUUCCUGGAAUCUGAGUUACAGAAGUUGGACGGUGAGGAUGCAAGGAUUGCGGAUUACUUCGACGUCAUAGCAGGAACAAGCACUGGCGCACUUCUGACAGCCAUGCUGACGGCGCCAAAUGAGGAAAACCGUCCCCUGUUUGCCGCCAAAGGCAUCAAAUCCUUUUAUUUUGACAAUGGCCCCAAAAUAUUCCCACAAAAAAGCUGCUUGUUUUCCUCCAUUACACAAUCGGCCAAGCUUGUGUUUGGGCCAAAAUAUGACGGCAAGUAUCUCCACAGCCUUCUGAGGGCAAAGCUUGGAAAUCUUCGGCUACAUCAGACUUUGACCAAUGUUGUUAUUCCAACCUUCGAUAUUAAGCAGCUUCAGCCUAUUAUCUUCUCCAGCUUUGAGGAGAAAAGGAAGACAAGACUCGAUGCUCUACUUUCUGAUAUCUGCAUCGGUAGCUCAGCAGCGCCGACUUACUUGCCCGCGCACUUCUUUCAAACCUCAGACUCCACAGGUGCACUGAGGGACUACAAUCUCAUCGAUGGUGGUAUGGCGGCUAAUAAUCCGACUCUGAUUGCCAUCAGCGAAGUGACACGAGAGAUCACUAGGAAAUCACCUGCUUUCAACUCCAUAAAUGCAUCGGAAUUUGGCCGGUUUCUGGUGAUAUCCGUGGGAACCGGUUCGGCGAAGAUCGAGGAGAAGUAUGAGGCCAAGUCAGUGGCCAAAUGGGGUGUCUUUGGUUGGUUGAUGGGAGCCAAUUCAGUUCCUUUAAUAGAUGCAUUCAUGCAAGGAAGCGCCGACAUGGUUGAUAUUCACCUUUCCGUGGUUUUCAAAGCCCUUAAUUCGGAAAGUAACUAUCUCAGGAUUCAGGACGACACAUUGAGUGGGACAGUGUCGACAGUUGACACUUCUACAAAGGAGAAUCUGAACAAUCUUGUUGGAGUCGGGGAAAAAUUGCUGAAGAAGCCCGUUUCCAAGGUGAACCUGGAGACUGGUAACUUGGAGGCUUCAAAGAUGGAGACUAAUGAACAGGCUCUGAAAAGGUUUGCGAAGCUGCUUGUGGAAGAGAGGCGCCGUCGUCACGCCAAUCAUUACCAAACUCUGUCAAAUAAAGCAUAGUAUGAAGCUAUAACUUGGAUCCCAGUGUGGGAAAUAAGGGGAAUCCCUUCUCUAUGAAUAAGAACCUCGUUGGUCUGAGAGUUUGCAGUGAUUUUCUGAAAGAACCAGUGAUCGAUCUUACUCUUAUAUUAUCAAGGGACAUGCGAUUGCUUUUUCCCUGA